UCUGGUUUUGCACUUACCCGACGUCUGUUGUAUUAUUGUAACGCUUCGCUGACGACCAGACGACAUUAACGAUGGGCAACAAGAAAGCCAAGCAGCAAGCGAAGAAACAGCAACAGGCGCAGGCUCGCAAAGCCGCUGCUACUGAACGAAUCGAAAAGCAGGACGAUGUUGUCGAGCAAGCCGAGGUAGAAGACGGAGUGGGACAAAGCUCGAAAGAGUCCACACCUCCACCGCCGUAUGUUGAGGAAGCCCCGGCGCCCGCGCCGCCCUUGGACCCAGCUGCAGAGGCGGAAAAGACGAAGGAGCAAGGGAAUGUGGCAUUCAAAGCGAGGUGGUUCACAGAGGCCAUCGAGCUAUAUACGAAAGCCAUAGACUUGCUCCCGACCGAGCCCUCCUACCUCACCAACCGCGCCGCCGCAUACAUGGCGCUUAAACGCUUCCGCCCCGCGCUGGCGGACUGCCAACAAGCCGCGUCACUCCAGUCCGCAGCGCCGUCCGCGAAGACGCUCGUCCGCCUCGCGCGGUGCCAGCUCGCGCUCGGAUCGCCCACGCCCGCGCUCUCGACGCUGCGCGCUGCGCUCGAGGCAGAGCCGGGGAAUGCGGCGGCGCGCCAGCUGCAGGAGAAGGUGCUCGAGCUCGAGGCGCAUGUGCGGAAUUUCGAGGGCGCAAGGGUGCGGAAGGAGUGGGGGAUGGCGAGGCUCGCGUUGGAUAAGUGUUUGCAGGGGAUCGAGGGGGAAGGAGGGGAGAUACCGACUGAGUGGAGGCUUUGGCGGGUUGAGCUGGAGCUGGCGCGCGGGAAUUGGGAUGCUGCGAAUAUCGCUGCCAACGACGCGAUGCGGCUCGAGCCGAAUUCGCCGGACGUACUGACGUUACGAGGUUUGGUGCUGUUCUUGUCGGCGAAGCUGGCGCAGGCGCUGCAGCACGUCCAGAGCGCCUUGCGCUUGGACCCCGGGCACGAGCCCGCGCAAAAGCUGCGAAGACGCGUCAAGGACGUGGAGCGCCUGAAAGAGGAGGGCAAUCAGGCAUUUAAAAGCGGCUAUCUGCAGGGUGCGGUGGAUAAAUAUGGGGAAGCUCUCGAGCGAGUCGGAGACAAGGAGGAGGAGGGCAAGGGUGGCCAGGUGCGUGCUACAUUGCUAUCAAACCGUGCUACGACCCUUGUCAAGAUGAAUCGUUACGAAGAAGCCCUCGAAGACACCAACGUCUCCCUUUCGCUAAACUCCACUUCAUUCAAAGCCCUCCGGACGCGUGCCCGCAUACACCUGCACAUGGAGAAGUACGAUGAGGCGGUCGCCGACUUCAAAUCGUCGAUGGAGCAAGCGGGUGUGGAGGGGAGUGACGCGGAUGUGCGCGCUCUGAAGGACGAGCUGAAGAAGGCUGAGGCUGCGUUGAAGAGGAGUAAAACGAAAGAUUACUACAAGAUUCUUGGGAUAUCUCGGGAAGCUACUGAGGUCGAGAUCAAGAAAGCGUACCGUAGGGAGAGUCUUAUUCACCAUCCAGACAAGGGCGGCGACGAGGAGAAAUUCAAGCUCGUCGUCGAAGCGCACUCGGUCCUGUCUGACCCGCACCGGCGCGAGCGGUACGACAUGGGCGAGGACGAGAACGGGCAGAUGGACUCGUCGGGCAUGGGCGGCAUGGGCGGUAUGGACUUUUCCGACUUCUUCUUCCAGAGCGCGCACGGGCACCCCGGGUUCGGAUACAGCUCUGGUGGAUUUGGCGGCGGCGGAGGGUUUGGCGGAGGUGGGUUUGGCGGGGGAGGCUCGUAUUACCGCUCGAGUCGAGGGUACGGGGGUGGGUUCUGAGCGUUUGUGUGUUUGGUGUCGUGUUUGCAUGUUCUUCAUCUAUCUCAGUACAUUUCUUUGUUUACUGCCUGCCAAAAACAUCAGCAUAUGUAUGCGUCGGAUUCGCGACAUAUGCCUGGACAUCGACUGAGUAGACUGGGC